GCACUUACAAUUCAUAAAGCGGAGAACAAGACAGCUCUGUCCACUAAACAUGUGUUAUGAACAUAUGAAGAUACAGCUCAAUUUGAAAUAAAGCAAACAUUAACGUAUUUUCAAAACACAGGAAUCCCGUGAUUUAGCCUAUCUAAUAUUUUAUCGGAAAGAUGGCAGACUCCGUGAACCACAGUGAUUCAGAAUACUUCAAAAGCUAUGGAUGCCUGGGUGUUCAUGAGCUGAUGAUAAAGGAUAAACCCCGCACAGAAGCGUACAAGGAAUUCUUGGAAAAAAAUUAUCGCCUUAUUAAGGAAAAAAUUGUUCUUGAUGUGGGGGCAGGAUCUGGAAUUCUGUCCCUUUUCGCAGCUCGUAGUGGAGCAAAGAAGGUAUAUGCUGUGGAAGCCAGUGGCGCUGCAACAGUGUGCCAAGAAAUUGUAAACAGAAACAGAUAUGAAAAUGUUAUAAGCGUUAUUCAUGGUCGUAUUGAAGAUAUUGAGUUGCCCGAGAAGGUGGAUGUGAUUAUUUCUGAAUGGAUGGGAUUUUAUCUUCUUCAUGAAUCCAUGUUAGAUUCGGUUUUGUUCGCUAGGGACAAAUGGCUUAAAUCAGAUGGUAUUAUACUUCCAUCUCACGCCGCUAUUUACGUAUGUCCGGUUAAUAUGAGUGAAUUUUGUAAAGAGAAAUUUGAAUUCUGGGAGGAUGUAUAUGGCUUCGAUUUCACGCCUUUUCAGGAGCAAAAUGUUGCUGCUCAUUUGCAGCAGCCCGCUGUUACAACAUUGAAAGAGACACAGCUGUUAUCAAGUGCGCAGUGUCUUGUGAAAUAUGACUUAAAAAUUGUGUGUCUUUCUGAUGUACAGGAAAUUGAAGAGAAAAAGACCUUCACUAUAACUCAGGGUUCUAUUCUUCAUGGCUUUGCUGCAUGGUUUGAUGUCAUAUUUUCCCCGGGUGUAUGCACAAAAUCAAAUAUUGUUCUUAAACAGGGUGAUGGUGACAUUACAAAUGGUGAUACUAAAGACAUAAAUCUCAUAGGCUGUGAAGAUGUAAAGGACAACAGUUCACACACUGAGUUAGACAACAGACUUGAAUCUGAAUUUAUUGAUAAAGACACUGUGCUGAAGGAUGUGAAUAGUGUUACGCUUGACACUUCACCUUUUGCUCCAGAGACCCACUGGAAACAGACAGUAUGCUUCCUGCCAGUAACAAUUGCCGUUGAAAAAGAUGAGACCAUAUUCUGCAAGUUUUCGUUGUGCCAAGGCGAUGAAAAUAAGCGCCAUUACAACAUUUCCCUGCAAAUGCUAGAGAGCUUGGAAGACACAGACGAGGAGCUUGAAACCGACGAUGACGACUUCGACGAAGAUGUGUCGAGGCAUCCGAUGCCGUGUGACUGCGGCGCGGGCAGGUGUCGUAUCAUCAGCGCUCUGAUGGAGAAAUACGACCAGGAACAAUCAGAAUUGGAGAUUGAGGCGGAGUUUGUUGACGUCUCGGCAGAAGUGCAGGCCGCCCAUAGUCUGGAUAAGGAGUCGUCCGGACUCGAACCGGAGAGUCCGGCAGUUGAUGAAUGAAGUUUAGAAAGUCCAACAUUUGAUUGAUGAAUGAAGAUAUGUCUUUAACUAGUAUUACUUUGUGUUGGCUGUAGGUCUCCUAAGAUGUGUUUAAAUUUUUAAAAAGAGAAAAAACAUUAUUUUAUUAAGGUCUAGGUUUAAAAAUGUUAUUGUAAAAGUAUCACUCAUACAAUUAGGUCAUGACCUCUAUCAGGGGUUUUCUUAGCCAUUUUGGGGAAAAGGAGUCUGGUCUAAUUGGGAUUUGUAAAAUUGAUAAAAUGGCAAAUUUGGGAAUUUUUUAUCGACAAAUUUGACCAAAAAAAAAUUAUGAACAAAUAUUGACAAAUCAGGCCAUUUCCUGUCAGAUUUUUGAAAAAAUGUACUUAGUGCUAAAAGUCCGCUGACUUGGGGAAAAAUUAAUUUUACUUUUUUUUUUAACUUGGGAUUAAAAAAAAAUAAAAAUUGUUUGGGAUUGGGUCCGUUUUACGGCUUUACAAAUUUUAAAAUAGCAGGAAAACCCCUGACUAUAGUUAUAUUUUGACUCCCUUUCAUCAAUGUUUACCAGUUAACAAGUUUUUUUUCCCAAUCAUAUAUAUGAGUUUUGUUGUUAUUGUUUAUUCAUAUGCAAAUAUUGGUAGAUAAGGUUUUUACCUUGUCCUACAU